GGAGACAGUUGCUCUUGCAACUUCCUUGCUUGAAGUCCCUAAAGAUCUUUCGCAACCCCAUCUGCAGCUGACCCCUCCUCCCUUCAUCCUCUUCGCACAGAAGAUACAGCCCCUUAUAGCAAUGCAUGCAUUCUGAAGACUGCUAGGGGGUCGUUUUCUUUUUGUCCUAUUCUGCUGUGCCUGGAUGUUGCAGUCCUGUCUGUCUUCUGCCUGUGACCGCUGCCAUGCACCACUCUGAAGCUGACAGCUCCCUGUUGAUCUACAUGGGUGCAGUGGUGCUCUACGGAGGGACGAUCCUUUACCGAGCCAAAAAGAACUGUGUGGAGAAGGCAACCCCCUUUUCCUGGGGUCUCCUCUUGCUCCUUGCUUCAGGAGUCCUGUGUUUCGCCAUGCUGAGAAGUUACCUGGGCUUGAGUUUGUUCUCGCUGAUGUGCUUCCUCUUCUGCAUUUACACAUCCGAUCAAGCCCUGCUCCCUGUGGACCACAAAGCAGUACUCAUCACAGGUAAGGAGAAGGAAGAACUUUGGCUUUCAUUAGCUCUUGAGAGAAUCUUUUACAUUACUCAGUCGUCUCUGAAUUAGCACAGUUCUGACUCUCUUUCAUCCCCAUCAUCCUCUCUUGCACCCUUUUAUUUAUUAGCAUCCAUUUCUCUGCUCCAUCCUUUUCCAGGCAGGGGGCCUUUCAGGUGCAGAAAUAUCAGGCCGUUUGCUCCAAUCAGGAGCCAUAUGAAAUUUCUACCUUCUUAGCAGCACAGAACUGUGUAUGUUCUCACUCCUUAAGUAAGCAUUCAUCAAGACAGCAUGAGAAUUACUGGAGGUCUGAACUGUGAAUUGAGUUACGAUGGCGGAGUUGGGGAAUUUCUACUUGGGCUUUUUAUUCAAAAUGAGCUGGUGGUUCUGUAGCUAACAGAGAACCUAGGUUUACUUUUUGCAAAUUUGGAUAAAGCAAAGCCUUAGAGUGGGGAAAAGCACAAUUUCAUUUUUGACACAGAUCUUUAAAUGGUGCAUCAGACUUGAUGGAUUGUGGCAAAACUGCUUCCAAUGACAAAACGCUAUGCACCCAGUUGCAGGUUAUUUAUUUGCCUGUGGGGUGUCUUGUUAAGGAAAGGACACUGCUAUUCAUUGGUCCCAGUGAGGUGGGAGGGAGAGGAAAGAGAAGGAAAAUCCAUCAAUGGUUUCUAAAAUAAAUAAAUAAGGGUCAUUCACAAGGAACACCAGCAGACAGAACACAAUGUUCACUUACGAGCUCUUGCAUGCCUGUUUUCUGCGUUUUGCUGGAAGGUUGAGGCACACUGUGUUUCAGCAACACCUGGCUCAUCUUUGAGUGUUAGGUGCAGGGAAAAAAAUCUCUCUCUUUCUUCAUUUAAAAGGUUGGCACUGAGUCACUAACAACUGUAAAGCAGAUUGUUGGAGAGGUCCAGAGAGACGCUCCUCAGACUAAGUGUACCAAAUUAGGCAAACAAGUGAUAGAAUCACAUCUGCAGUCUGUGUUCCCAUCGUAAUUGUCCCAGCCAAGAUCUGUGCAGUGUUGAAGCAGAUGCAAUACAAGAAGGGACAAGUAGGGAGAAUGAGAACAAGUGGUUUAUUCAGAAGACAUAGGCUUAAAAACUGAUCUAAGCCACCCUCUAGAUUACUCAUGCUUUACAAGAUGAUAUCUGCACAUUUUUAUUCGUCUUAAACCCCCCUAUCAUUAUUAAAGUGCCUCAUUUCAUUUGUCCAUUUACACUGAGUUCCUGAUCCCUACCCCACCCCCAAAAUAACUUCAGGCCCACAUCCUCCCCCCACCAACACCACUUUGCGAAUUUAAAUUCUCCCACCUGAGUAUAGAGGGUAGAUUUAACCAUUUUCUUCCCCUGUUGCAGCCUUCAGGAACAUCUCUUUCUGAAGCUGGGGUUUGCAUUUGGGAGGAAAUCCCUCACUGAGACCAACAGGGAAUUCCCCCCUAAAGCUAAUUCCAAGUUCAGUGGAAGGAUUUUACUCAAGACUGCAUCAGGGGGAGGGAAUGACUUCCUGUCCCUCCCAUGUCCCCUCCUUCGUUCCCUUUCACUGGUGCUACUCCUCAGCUGCCUCCCACCAGUCUAGCAUUGUGCAGGUCCACCGCCGCUUGGCCCCUUCCACCGCCCUGACCUGACAACUUCCCCCUUCUCCUCUGGGCAAGGGCUGGAGCUGUGGCUCGUCACCCAUGGAAGCCAGCCAUCUACCCCUGGCCCCUGCCCAUCUACAUGAGUCAAGGGGAAUAGCAGCGCCAGAGGCCGAAUGCAGGGAACCCCCCUCCACAAAAGGUGGGAGGAUUUGGUGUCCUUGAAAGUAUAUGUGCCCCCCACCCCUUUAUUUUGACCAACCUGUCCCAUAUUUUGCCCAUCCAAAGAUGGCAAUUCUAGUCUCCACAGUUCCUCAUUCCAGGGCAACCAAAUAUUUGAUAAGCACCUAGAACCCCUUAGAGUUUAUGGCCCUUGCCUGGCUAAUUCAAGAAUGGGUUUCUCAGUUAGAUUUUAACCCUUGCUGGAUCUAGGAAUCAGAAGAGACUAACCAGUUUCCCAACUGAGCAUUCACUUAAGUACAGAACAACAGUAUUACUAUAAGUCAGAACAAUAUGGGUAUUCACCAGCACACAACUCCCUGUGCAGCUCAAAUCAACAUUCCCAUAAUUUUAGAGAUAUCAGCUCUCAGCUACGCCUUAUUGUUCCUUUUCUGUAUGCAAAGAAUGACUCCCAGAUACCAUCUGAGCACAGUGUACCUGCUUUGGUGGCCAGAGCAAUCUGAAAACAAGUCACACGGGGAUGCAUAAGCAAUGGUGAAGAAAUGCAGAAAGUGCUGUGUUAAAAUAAUGUUAAGCAAUAGUAAUGUUAGCAUAGCAUAGCCCUGAAUGGGAAAAAGUCUGUUUUUGAAGUGUAAUGAUGCCCUCAAGCAGGACAUGAGUGUAAGAGCACUCUGCCCAUCUGUGAUCUCCUCAUAGUGGAGGUAGAACGUAGCCAUUGUGGCUAUGAGUUUUUGAUAGCCUUAUCCUCCCUGAGUUUGUCUAAUAGCCUUCUAGUGACAUCCCAGUUGGCAGCUUUCACUGCCUCCUGCAGGAGUGAGUUCCAUUGUUUAAUCAUGCACUGCAUGAAGGUACUUUCUUUUCUGUGUCUUGAAUGGAUGAAGGAUGGAGAAAUGAGUGUGGAGUUGUGUGUGUAGAAACCAUUGGCUUUUGCAUGGCUGGAAUGCAGUCUUAUUUCCCCCCUAGCCCCACCUACCUUUGGCAUGCAUCUCCUAGGGCAUUCCCCAUGACAGAAAACAGGUCUUGGCAUGGAAAAGGUUUCUUAUACCUCCACUGCGCUUGCUUGCUUGCUCUCUUACUCACUCACACACACAAAUACAGCCUCGUUGUCUGCUGUGUUAGAAACAUAAAUGAGUGCUGUACUACUGCCAGCUCAAAUAUUUAGCUUGUGGCUUACUUUGCAGUUUCGUUCCUUUAUUGAUUGUGUUUAUUUUAAUAAUUGCAUCCUUCUUUGAGAAUUGUGAUGGUUAUAAGUCAAGGCCAUGAGUAGCAUAAAUAAAGAGAAGAAGUAAUCUUUUACAGGAAGCGAUAGUGGCAUUGGACAUGCAUUGGCGAAGUACCUUGACCGUUUAGGAUUCACCGUGUUUGCCACCGUUCUGAAUGAGAGAGGGCCUGGUGCAGAAAAACUGAGGCAGUCCUGCUCAGAUAGACUUUUUGUUCUGCAACUAGACAUCACCAAUUCGGUGCAGAUUAAAGAAGCGUACCUUGAAGUAAGAAGGAAGUUGCAAGGUGCAGGUAUGUUCUGUGAAGGGAGUGUACACAGUCCUCGUGGGUGUUGCUUGUGAUCUGAAAUGACGUUUUGCAAAGUUUCAAAUGUUGUCUUGGUUGAUCUAGGCCUCAGGAUUCCAACACUCCUAUUUCAGUAUCGAAAUCUGACAUGCCACUUGGUGCAGAAAUUGGAUGCUGUUUGCAUUUGGAAUACAUGAACAUACAAUGACGCUGAAUGUUGGAAGAUUGAUGGCAGAUAAAAGAAAGUACUUUUUCAGCACAGGAGGCAGUGAGGGUCACCAACCUAGAUGGCUUUAAAAGAGAAUUCAACAAAUUCAUGGAGAAGAGCGCUCUUGAUGGCUAUCAGCGAUGGCUAGUUUCUGCAAUGGUUCUGAAUACCAAUUGCUGGAAACGGCAGGAGGGGAGAGGGCUGCUCUUGUGCUCAGAUCCUGCUUUCUCCUUUCCCAGAGGCAUCUGGUUGGCCACUGUGAGAAACGGAUGCUGGACCAUGUAGGCCAUUGACUUGGUCCAGCAGGCUCUUAUUAUUAUCUGAAAGCUGAGCCAACAUAAUUCACAAUAUGUAACCAAAGCACAGCCAACCUUUGAAAUUUACCUUUCUUCUGCACUUUGCAGUAUACUGUAUUUCUGCAGCCAUGUAAUGCACACACAAAAAGCACAUGCUGGGCUAAAGUGUCCAUAAAAAUACAUAGAUUCAUGAAAAUUACACACACAAAUGCAUUGCGUAUUAUAUAAAAUACAUAAAAGCCCCUUGCACAGACUUUAAAAUACAAGCAUCUAUUAUUAGAAUGCACCAUGAAACAGUCCCACUAAAACAUAAAAAGUGCCCUCAAUUAAAAUUAACAAUAAAAGAAUCCUAUAAAAGCAACACAGUAAUUAGUAAUACAGUGGUACCUCGGGUUACAGACGCUUCAGGUUACAGACUCCGCUAACCCAGAAAUAGUACCUCGGGUUAAGAACUUUGCUUCAGGAUGAGAACAGAAAUCGUGCGGCGGCAGUGGGAGGCCCCAUUAGCUAAAGCGGUAUCUCAGGUUAACAACAGUUUCAGGUUAAGAACGGACCUCCAGAAUGAAUUAAGCUCUUAACCCAAGGUACCACUGUACUUUAAUAAUGGAUGCUUGUAUUUUAAAGUCUGUGCAAGGGGUUGUUAUACGUUGUAAACCGCACAGAAGUCUAUUUCAGCAUAAACCAUGCAAAAACCUAUGAGCAGCAUAGAAAUUAAAUAAUGAUACCAGCUGCCUGUUGCUUCCUCCCGUCUGCAGUCAGAUGUUGUCAAAUCAACUAGCAAAUGGAUUGCUGUAUGUCAAGAUGUUCUCAGAUACUGACAUUUCAACAUCUUUGGGUCAAAGGCUGCUGUUAAUUAGCACAUAUAUCUGCUGCAUAUUUGGAGACAAUUCAGCAUGAGGGAUGGAUUGAUCAGUCCAUUUUGGUUUCUCUGAGGGGUUUUUUUAAGUCUUCAUGGAAAUUUACAAGCAUUUUAGUGCAAAUUGUUCACUAUAUACACAUCCUGGUAUGCAGUUCUGCCUGAUAUACACAUUUUUGCAAAGCCAUAUCCCUGUAUUCAGUGCUGUUUUUCUAGAAAAAAGAGGUGCCAGAGCUCACCAUGAACUUUUCCUUUGUUCUCUUAGAAUGGCAAUGGCACCCACCUAAGAGUUGCCAGAGCUGAGCUCCAGCUGAAAAAAAUAUCCCUGGAUUCUUGUAUGAUAUUCUCAUUAAUUUUUGUGUUUUAUGGAGACUUUCCACUAAUGUAUUUUAUAGACAUUAGUUGCUUGGCACUUUCCAAACCAACAUGCAAAUGGUACCACAGCCAUCUUUUGAAAUUUGCAUUUUUCCGUUUUUCAAUGUAGGUCUCCAGCCAUGUAAGCCAACUAAUGUAUAUAAUAAUGCAUACAGUAGGGUACAAUAGGCAUAAAAGUCAUGUAUUAGUUAAACCUCCUUGCAAAAAAAUGCAUUGCAUUACUGGAAAUUGUGUUGCAAAAAAAUGUAUAUAUUAGGCAGGAAUGUGUGCAAAAAUUUGUAUAUUAUGAGAAAUUUGAAUUAAAAUCCUGAUGAAUUCUCAUGAUGACUUUUUUUUUUUAGAAAAAUCUCGAACAAAGGUGCUGAACCGAAGAAUGGAAAAAAUGAGAAAGUGAGAGGAGCUGAAAUUGUCAGAUUUGUAUAGCCUUGUUUCCUUCUUCCUUGCCAGAUCUCUGGGGUGUCAUCAACAAUGCUGGGGUCCUGGGUCUCCCGGGAGAUGGCGAACUGCUCCCUAUGCAAUCUUACAAGCAGUGCAUGGAUGUCAAUUUCUUCGGUCCCGUUGAACUGUCAAAAGCAUUCUUGCCAUUGCUCCGCAAGUCCAAAGGAAGGCUUAUUAACAUUUCAAGCAUGGCAGGUGAGUCAAACAAAAUAUGUUCAUGCCAUUCAUAUAGUUACAGACUUGCUAUUCUAGGCUGGCUGUUCUCUGCUCACCAUCCUGCUGUCUUUAUUCCUGUCGCAGAUGCCCAGUGUGGGAGGAUUCCCAGUUGAAAACUCCAGCAAAAACAGUAACAACAAUGUGCAAGUCAAGAUUGAAUGGUUGGGAGAUAGGACAGAGCACACUAGGGCAGGCUUCCAUAUAACUGUCUAGUCUGGAAGUGGUGGUUGCUGGGAUGGAGACCACAGCCUUCAUGGUUAGACUCAAUCACAGGGCUCAACUUCCUUUUUUCCCCAAGAGGAGAAAGAUGGGUUCCCCACUCCCCAUAGAAAAACAACUGAGAAAUCUGAGGUUUUAGCAUAGCUGUGAUCGGGCAACAUAAUGUUCUACCACACAAAGGUAGCAGCAAAGGCCAAUUCAUCUAACUUACAUCUUCUUUCAUAUGACUAGUGUGAUGAUGAUGAUUAAUAUUAAUAGUGUGAUUGUUUUACUCCUCACAGAUUUUGGCACUCCCUCCUGAGAGAAGCUCGACUGGCUCUCUUCUUGUUCCAGCUAAUUUUUUUUUGUUCCAACAGGCUUUGGGGAACUGACUGCCUAUCAUGAAAGGGCUGGUGCCAGGCUAUUUUUAUUGGAAUUAUUUGUGUGAUUUUAAUAGAGUUUGUAUAUGUACAGUGGUACCUCAGGUUACAUAUGCUUCAGGUUACAUACGCUUCAGGUUACAGACUUCGCUAACCCAGAAAUAGUGCUUCAGGUUAAGAACUUUGCUUCAGGAUGAGAACAGAAAUCAUGCUCCGGCGGCGCAGUGGGAGCAGGAGGCCCCAUUAGCUAAAGUGGUGCUUCAGGUUAAGAACAGUUUCAGGUUAAGUACGGACCUCCAGAACGAAUGAAGUACUUAACCUGAGGUACCACUGUAUAUAGUUUUAGGUCUAGCAACUUUUUUUUUUAAAAUGAUAGUUUUUUCUAUGUUUUCGGCAGUUCCUAUUUUUAUAUGUAAGCCUCUCGCCUUCUGUUGGAUGUCAUAGUUCCUGCAUCCCCUGUGGUGCCCCAUAAGCUCUGCACCCGGUACAAUUGCACCAUUCGUGCUCUCCUAGAUCUACCUUUGCACAGGUCAGAGCUUCCGUACCCCUGAUACAUACUGUUGUUUUUUUUCCAAAAUAAUAUUUAUUAAAGUUUCAAAGUUGCAGAAAAAAAGGAAAAAUUUAAAAACAACACUACAAUACAUAAAAAAGAAGGGGGAAAAAAGCAAAACACAAAAACCAAUGCAACAAUACAACAAAAAGAUAAAGGGGGAAAAAAGAAACAAAAAAAGACACAAAUCCCAUAUUACAUAUCUUUAACUUCCAUUUGCUUGUUUCAUUGACCUCCUCACACCUCCCUUUUUGUAUUCUAGUUUGGUUAGUUAUUUCAGCAAAUUCUUUCCAUCUUUCUUAAUUUUUAUUAAAUAAUUUAUCUUAACAAUUUAACCUAUUAGUUAACUCAACAAAUCCUUUCCAUCUUUCCCCCAUAUUCUGUUAUUCAAAUUACUUUAAUUUAUUUAACCUUAUCUUACUAUAAAAUACUUUAGAGCUUAAAGCUUAAUACUCGAUUAUACAUAGCUCCUGAUAUCAUUUCUACUAGAGUCAUAUAGUUUCAUUCCAACAUUUCCCCUAAUAUUCCUUAGUUUUAGGCCAAUUCCCUAGGGGAAAAAAAUUUCUUUAUAAAUUUUCUUCCAAUCUUCAUCCAACGUCUCUUCUUCCUGGUCUCGGGUCGUGUCAGUCCUUACUGUCCAUUCCAUCUAGUCCAUCAACCUGGUAAUCUUAUGUCCGAGGCCCUUAAGUCUCUUCCAUGUCCCUUCUGCAGAUCUUCUUCUUCUUGUUUAUACUUGCCCUUUUCCUUGUCUUUUGUUGGUCUCUUUCUUAAUUUCUUUCCUUUCUCAUUGAGGAGUAGGUCUCUGGGGGAUUCCAACCCAAAAUUAUCUCCAUCUCCCUUCAUCAAACCAGCCCAUUCCCCACAGUCCCACUCCCCACAGUCAUCAAUGUAAUCCAAAAAAUAUUUAAAAGCAUAUUUCAAGGUCUCUCCAAAAUUAAGAACCUCCUCAGCUCCAGACUCCCCCUGGCCCACUCCAACUUCAGUCUUCAAAGGCAGCGGCUUAUGCUCCUGUAGGGCCUCGGGUCUCUCCAUUUGUAUUAUUUGAGGUGCAACCGCAACCUCCUCCAUUAUUUUCUGCACUUGCCCAGUCAGUACAGGUUCCUGAGUUGGUCCCUGAAUGGUUUCUGUAUCAAUAUUCCGUUUGUCCACAGUUAUUAUCCACAACAGUCAUCAAGUCCAUUUUCUCAUUCAUCAAAUCCAUCUUCUCAUGCAUCUGUUCCAACAAGGCACUUGUCUUGCAUAAAGCAAGCACCAAACCUUCCUCCCAGCUCAUAUUUAGUCAAGGUCCAAAAAGACUGGUCCCACGAUCUUAAUCUCACAGCUGUAGAGUCCUCAAGUAGACUGCAGCAACAAUUUAACAAGCUCCCUCUAGAGGAGACAAUUUCUAUUUGUAUCCAUUUUUUUAAGGCAAGUCCAACAAAGGAAAAUUACUUUCAUUUUUCAGAUAUUUUGUUUCUUUAGAAUGCAAAAGGCAACAUUGGAAUCAGUUUAUUACUCUUCUUUAGCUAUCUGUCAGUAUUCCAUUCACAGUCAAUGAACCUCUGCAACAAUUUCUGUCUCUGACACCCCGUUCCCAGGUUAGAGACGGUGGAAACUUAUCUUUCUUCACUCCCUCUCCUGCAGGGGUUAAACAAAGUCCCCCCCCCCUUUUCUCCUGCUUCCAAGGGGGUUUCAGUAGUUAUACAUGAAGGAAAUUUAGACUUUUUUAACGACUUUCCAGGCUUUAGCUUACAAGGUUUUUGCUUUAGUCUAUAUACAAAAAGCGGAAGGCGGACUUCCUGUUUUGAACCUUCCCGCUUCGGUGCCAAAUUAAGAUAUUUCUUGAUCCAAUUUUCCGUUUCUACUCACGGGUACUUGUUUUAAAUCCAAUUGUCCACAGGAAAAAGUCAGCGCUCUCCGGCAAUGGCUGUGCAGCUUCACUCCGUGAAAGUAGCAAUCAGUUCGCAGCACCGCGCCGCUCACCCCACUUCACUCCGGGGCCCCAAAAUGGGGUUCCUGGUGAGUAGGGGGGGCGCUCCUGGUGCCCUGCCGAACCCCACGUUCCCAGGCUUCCUCCGCCUGGGAUUUCUAGCGGGUCCCCACCUUCACCGCGGCGGGAAUACCCAGUUCCCACGGAGCCAGUUCCUCCAAUCGGAGGAACUCCGCCAUUCACCGAUGGCGCUAACCCGGAGGUCCGUACCCCUGAUACAUACUGUUAAAGACAUUAAUUGUCCUUAGCUUUAAUUUUUUGACAGGUCCAAUAAAGACAAUGUAGCAAUUUUUCCAAACAUAUUACUUAAAAGUGGACCCUGUUUCAGAGCCAUAAAAAGAUAACAUUAUGAGAUGUGUUCCUACAGAAUAGGGAACAGCACAUUAUGCAUCUUUUAGAAAUCUCACUUCUCUUUGGGGGCCUGUUAAACAUUUGAAAUAAUGGAAACAUGACUUGCUCGAGGCACUGUUGUCCGCGAGCCAAGGAAAUUUGUGUUGGAAUCUCUUCAGACUACAAGGUUUCCUUCCUGACAGUUGGGAUUGAUGAAGACAGGGUAAAGCGAGGCAAUCGGAAACUUGUUAAAAAUGUUCCUUCGCCUCCUGUCUGUUGCUUUAGGCUCCAUCUCCAGCAAUGGCAGGAGUCCAAUUGCUGAGCCAAAUGGCGUAUGUAUUCAUCAAUUUCAGCAGGUGAAAAAAUCCGGUUUGUCAAAAGUGUCAGCAUCACUUUCGGUUUUGCAAAAUGAGAAAACAGCCAACUGAAGAGCAUUUGGAACAACAAGCUGAUAAAUAUGUAACCAAAAUAUCCACAAACUCACCGACUAACUUCCUGUUGUAUGUGUGUACUUGUAGAGAUCAUGAAAAAUGUAGUUGGGUUUGCAUUAUAAUGGGAACCUGCCUCAUUUUUCCAGAAGAUGUAUUUCCAGAAGAAUACAUCAACAGAAAUACAGCUAUCCUUGAAAAUUGUGCUUCUCCAAAUUUUGCCAUCAAGUGCAUAUUAGAGAAAAUCCGGGGGAAUGCAUAAUUUAGUGGAAAUAACAUACAAAGAUGUGUUUAUAUUUGGAGAAACGGCUUGCAAAAAAAUGUGAAUAUCAGGCAAAAUUGAAUACAAAAGUUAUGUGUAUUAAUUGUUAUUGCUGCAGCAACAAGCAAACUGUUUGUACAGAUGCAUCCAGAUCAGUGUUAUAUUUCUAGAAAAAUUGGUGCCGGAACUUACCAUGCACGCCUCCCCUGCUCUCUUAUAAUGGCAAUGGCGCCCACCUGAGAGGAGCUGGAACAGAGUUCUGGUGAGUGCCGGCUGAAAAAAAAAAAAAGCCCUUAUCAAGAUUGGUGAUCUAUCAGUCCACAAGGGCUAUAACCUUAAAACACAAAGAAAAAAGAAUGUUGAUUGAGUCACACUGAGAUUGGCCUUUUUGCAGUGUUUUAGUAGUGUAAGUUUUCACUAGACAUGAAUGAAUAUGCCACUGUAGGUCUCUUUCAGCAUCUGAUUUUUCCAGCCUUAAAAUCAGUUCUCCACAUUUCCAUAACAGAUCACAUCAUUUUAAAAAGCCCCCAUGAAAAUUCAUCAAUAUGUUAGGGCAAAUUUCUCAUAAUACACAUACGUUUGUAUGCAAUUUUGCAAAAUGUACACAUUUUUGUGAUUUCCCAUAACAUAAUGCAUCUUAAUCUUAUUUUCAUUAAUAUGAGCAUCUGCAGAUGUGUGACAGAUUGCCUGUUCUGGUCUAGGAAUUAGUGUUAAGACUUUAUCACAGUUAAACCAGAAUUUGGGUGGAGUGUGCUGCAGAACAGAGUGAACACUAGAACAAUAAAUUGAAGGGAACAGAGCAAACCCAUCCCUAGGGAAAAUCUUAAUGCAAUGGUUUCAUGUCAACUACGUAUUGCUGGGGACACGUGGAUUGGAUUGGCAGUGACCAUGCAUCUCCCCAUACCAUAGAUUGGGUCAUAGCCAUUGUGCAACACCAAUUCCAUCUGUGUCAAUUGCAACAACAGUCACUGUUGCAGGAGAAACAGGGCUUGGCUUUACCCUUCUGUGCAUUCUUGUCACUGCCCUUUUGUUCCAUUAUACGCAGUCCCUGCUCACCGGAGUACAUAGCAAUGAGGUUUAACGAAGUCAAUCUGACCUCAGUAUUGGAAUUACAGUAGCUAAGCAAGUUAAAGGGAGAUAACUUGGAUUUAGCACGUAUCUCCUGAGAACAAAAACCGAGAUAGGCUGCUAAUAAAGCAGAAACGCUUAUCGUUCCGUCUAUCUUGCUUCUUUGGAAAAUUUUCAAUCAGGUAAUUAGAGAAGAGUUAUUGCCUUCCUGCUGGUGUGCAUUCAAACAAGUACAUUCAGAGCUUCAACAAUCAAAGGUACAACUUUCUGAAUUAAAAUUUGGAGACAUUCUCCAUUCCAAAAAAAUAACUGCUGGAGCUGACCAAAGGCUUAUCAAGUUCACCAUCCUCUUUUCACACCUCCCAAAUCAAGAGACAAAGUGAAGACUAUCUAGCCUUUACAACCCCUAAAUUUUGCCCUGCAGCUCUCCAACCAAAGGAUGUGUAUUUAAAAAUGUGUAGCAACAUAUUAUUUUAGUGUGAAAUUGCUUGUAAAUAAUGCAUAUGUUGGGCAAAUUUGGGUACAGAAAUGUGUAUAUUAGGAGCAAUGUACACAAAAAUGAAUAUGAAUUUCCAUGCAGGCUAUAACUAACGUUGAGCUAUGUGAUAAUCCUUCAGUCUCAGGAGACUGUUUUUAUUGCUCCCAUAGGAGGUAUCCCCAUGCCAGGCUUUGCUGCCUACGGUGCAUCCAAAGCAGCCCUAUCCAUGUUUUCUGGAGUCAUGAGGCAAGAGCUCUCCAAAUGGGGCAUUAAAGUAUCUGUGCUUCAUCCAUCAGGCUUCAAGACAUGUAAGUUGCUGGUACACCUGGUUAUCUAGCUCACAAUGGGGGGGGGGGGACCUCCUUGGAGUCAGCCAAAACCAUGAAUGGCACAGAAACACCAGUGUCACCCACAGGAAUGUGCAAAGCCUGUACUUCGCUAUUUAGGGUCCCAGGUGGAGUCUUAGUGAUAGGUUGCAUAGGGCAACACUUCUAGGAGUUCAUCAAUCAUCCUCAAAAGGGGCAGACUUUUAUUUCCCCUUCCACAGAGGUGGCUGGCCUCAAAGGGUUGUCUUCUUGUAUAAAUGCCAGUUUCCUAGAGGUCAAGGGAAGACACCCCAAAACAACUUGGGCUUAUUAGAUUCUAACCAGGCAGCUACCGUAUUUUUCGCUCCAUAAGACACACCUAGUUUUUAGAGGGGGAAUGCAAGGAAAAAAAAAAUCUUUAAAGGGAGCGCUGAGCAGAGCCUGUAUGCAUCCCACGCUCUGGUCAGCUGUCCCGUUCACGAACUGCAAGGAGCGUGUGUGCGGUGCUUGCAGGCUUUUCCCCAAGGAGGGAGAAGGGCAGACCGUCACUGAUGGGCUGUCUUUCUCCCUCGUGGAAAAGCCCCCAAGAGCCGCACACACGCUCCACGCAGCUCUUUAAAAGGAGAGCUGACCAGAGCCUGGGAUGCAUACAUGAAGGGCCCCGUGCCCUGCGGAGGCUUCGCGCGGCUAAGCCAGAAGCUAGAACAGCUAGAGGGAGCGCUAGAGAUUUCACCCCUCCCAUAUCCAAGAAUCUGCUGAUGAGUCUGGUGAUUUUCCAGAGAGGAGGGGUAGUGUUCUGCUCUCUACUUAUUCCGCUCCAGCCUAACAUCAGUCAGUCAGUCAGUGUUCAGUGACGCAGAUUCAGACUUAGCAGUCAGUUCAGUCAGUGACUUAGCAGUCAGUUCAGUCAGUGACGCAGAUUCAGACUUAGCAGCUUCAUAUACUUUAGCUCCCCAUUCUCUCAAAGAGGAGGAAGCACCAAAACAAGAGGAUCAGGAAGUUUUGUGCAGAUCCGAGAGAACAACCAAGGGUGUACCAGCAAAAAGGUUUUCUGAAGAGUUCGCCAAGACUGCAGUCACAAGCAACUCUGGUGUGGUUUUUAACCCAGGCAUGAAGUGUGCUGAGAGUAGUAGCACCAAAUGCUUCAUUUAUUUCCUUACCUGACCUUAAGUGGUUCAUGUAUAAUAUGUUUAAAGGAUCAGGAUUGAAGGAGCAAGCAUGUGUUUGAGUAAAAAAAAUGGUUUGUUCAAAUCUGCCUAAUUAACAAUAUCAGUUUGCAUUUGAGAGUGAGAAACGUGUAUGAAGAUUUAUCUAGAAGCUGCUUUUUUGUUUGUAUAUUCACAAUGUGUAUUUCGUGUGUACUACAGAUUGAGGUUUCUGUUUUAACUCUUUCCUGAUAGACACAGAGUGGUUGCAGUGACUGUUUAAUGAUGUGAUAAAAGUGUCUUAGAUAAGGGGGAGAGAGAUACUUGCAGAUAUGUUACCAAGGUUGUAAGCAGGGAACAACUUUUGGAGUGUGUGUGUAAAUUGCAGUUAUACUUAGAUUCUUGAAUGGUCGGAUGAAAUGGGGGAGGAUGAGGAGAUUUCACCCCUCCCAUAUCCAAGAAUCUGCUGAUGAGUCUGGUGAUUUUCCAGAGAGGAGGGGCAGUGUUCUGCUCUCUACUUAUUCCGCUCCAGCCUAACAUCAGUCAGUCAGUCAGUCAGUCAGUCAGUCAGUCAGUGUGUUGGAGAGAGAGAGAGAGACUGAGUGUUAGAGAUUGUGUGUAUAGAUAAGGUUGCUGCUAAGAGCAGCUGCAGACACUCAGUGCAGUUCAGUUUUUUAGUUUAGACCUCAUUUAGCUCUGUAUAUAGUUGUAUAUUAUAGUUGUAGAUAGAAUAAUGAAGAUAUUCUACAGAGCUGCUCUCCGAGUAGUUUAUGCUCUGCUAUACUCUGCUAUACUCUGCUGUGUGACGACUGUCUUCUUGUGGGAGUGAAUCCGGUGCUCACAACACUAAGCUGUGAGUCCACAGCACUUUGACCUGUUCCUGUGCAGAAGGUAGUCUCUGGAAGUGCUACCCAGCUCGCCUAGCCCAGUCGGGGUUGAAGUGGAUGAGUCCAGUUAGUGGCACUGGCUCAACUCCACGCUCCACGCGGCUCUUUAAAAGGAGAGCUGACCAGAGCCUGGGAUGCAUACAUGAAGGGCCCCGUGCCCUGCGGAGGCUUCGCGCGGCUAAGCCAGAAGCUAGAACAGCUAGAGGGAGCGCUCCCUCUAGCUGUUCUGGCUUCUGGGAUAGCCGUGCAGUCUGCAUUUGCUCCAUAAGACACACACACAUUUCCCCUUACUUUUUAGGAGGGAAAAAGUGCGUCUUAUAGAGCGAAAAAUACGGUAAUUUGUUUGAGAAGGUUUAUUGCCAAGGUAUGAUGUCUUUGAAUAGCCUGUGAACUAAAAUGUGCAAAAGGAAAUGUGGUUAGCCGGAUGAUCUAUUAUGGUUGCGUCCUGCCCGAAAUAGAUCUUUUCAUUCCACAUUAUGUUUUUGAAGCAUUUGUCUUGAGGUGGCAAAUUGGAACCUGUGUGCAUGACUCAGAGGAUAAUUAAACCAACACACAUCAAGUCCAAGCAUGCCAUCACUUUCCCAGACAAAAUCUUUAUAAUAGCAUUUAUAAAUAAGUGAACUAGUCUUCAACUAUCCAGGGAACUCCUGAGACCACACACACACACACACACACACACACACACACAGAAUAAUAUGGAUUGAAAAGAUGUUCAUUCAUUUCUGAAGCACAGUCCCCAUGGAUUUGUGAGUCAUUGUGGCCUUUUUCAGUUGGUUCAUUUGUUCCUUGGUGGCUCUUGUGAAUGGCUGAAUAUCUGUCCAUAUCACAAAUAAGUCUUGCCCUGUAUCAGCUGACUUUCCUAAUCUCAAGGGGGAGAUUGGACAGUAUCUGUUUCGCUCAGAGAUUAGAACUAGAAUAGGGAAAGUGGUGGAAUUCACUCUAGGCAGACAGAGCAUCAAACUGGCCCAUAGCACACUUGUCUUCUCUCUUUGCAAAGCAGUAGUAGUAGUAGUAGUAGUAGUAGUAAUAGUAGUAGUAGUAUACUGCCCUUUAUCCACAGAUGGGGUGGUUCGCAACAUACAAGUACAAUAUAUAGAAAUCAUUAUAUAGAUAUACUCAUUUAUACAUAAUAAAAAUAAGGACAAAAGAAAACCAAUACUCCUUCCCCUCCCACAACACAUUUAAAAGGGCAUUCCACGAAGAACCUUAAUCGCAGUGACUUUCUGCAGAUGUUUGUAUUUCUUAAGAAUUUUUAGAAUAGGACAUUUGUUCCUAUAUGAUUUAGUCAGCUACUCUCAUCAUCUUCACUGUCUGCUAACUGGGCACUGCUGAAAUGUGUAUUUGCUUCAGUUUGGGCCUCAUUGAUUUACUGUUGAGACAAUUAGCUUAGCCAUUAACUACCAUUAACAUCCAUUGUUUUAUCGUUAACAUUUCUCUCACCUUUCUGUCCACCAUGACUUUGCCAAACACACACAAAAAGGGCUGCCAUUGUCCUACAUCUUAAUGUGGAAUUUAUUACUGUAACCAAAAAAUGAGCUUUAUUUGUAUUUUGUGUGCAUCAAAAUGUGAGAUGUAUGCAGAUAUUUUUUAUAAGAACAUUGAUCAUUAUGACAUUAUAAUAAAUGGUCAUUUUUCCUACCAUCCAGUUUAUGCUUAUUAAUACAUGCAAAAAUAUAAUAUGCAUUCAAAAAUGACAAAAGGGCGGUAACUCCAUUUUUUAUGUGUGUGUCCGUCACCUCCUCAUUGUCACUUGAACAGACAGUAACCCUGAGGCAAGAUAUAUACUUCAGUGGGCAACUGCCAGCUCAUUGAGUUGUCAUCAUAAAAAAUGUAAGCAAUAAUAUUAUUUUCAAAAGGCUAAAGGACCAGCUUGGGAAUGAUUAAAAAUAGCAGAAUGAGAACUGAAGCAAAAUGGUAUGGGCACUGAGUCCAUGGAACAAACUGGUACCAGGAUUCGGAUUACAUCCCUAAUCUAGCAUGCAUAUGUUCCAAUCUGUCACCUGGGGUAGUUCCUUUAGGAACCCCAUAUGCCUCUUUUUCUAGUUAUUUUAUUUUCAUCAGAACACCUGAUGUCCUUUUAUGAAGCCUAGAUGUUCAGCAGUGUUUUGUUCUGUCUUCCAGGUAUCCAGGGAACUCCGGAGAUCUGGAAUAAGGAAGAACGCACCCUUCUUGAGAAUCUCAUGCCUGAUGUGAAGCAAGAUUAUGGCGAAGAAUACAUCCUCAAGCUGAAGAUGGCUCUCAAUGCCAUGCAAUUUCUUUCCAUGUCAGAUCUCUCUCCCGUGCUUUGUGAUGUUUUACACGCAUUAUUGGCAGAGCGCCCAUGUGGUUUAUACACUCCAGGCAAGAAUGCUUACAAAUACCUUCUCAUCUUCUGCUAUUCUCCUCUCUGGUUUUAUGACUUUUGCAUAAGGAAAAUGUUCAGCACCUCCGACAUGCCCAGCGCUCUCAGAGCAGCAGAGAAAGCAAACAAGAACUUGUAGGCAGAUACUGCCUGACUUAGUCAUUUGUGUGUCAGGCUAUUUAGCUGCCUUGUGAAUGUUGGGAAUCUUGCAUUUCAUGUGUUAAAAACACAUUGGAUGGAUAAAAGAGGGGAAUGUUUAGAUUUAAGGCAGAAACCCUCUCUAUUCUGUACAUUGCACCUCUUAUCUACUAUUUUUGAUACCUUUUCCUCUUGAGUUAGGCUGAACUGAAACUCCUUUUUAAAAACAUUUUAUUAAUUUUCCAAAUAUAACAAAAAUACAAUUAAGAAACAAUACAAAAUAAAAACAAAAUAAAUUGACUUCCCCCUAGUCCCUUCCUUGGUUCCAUUGUUAAUCAACGUACCGCAUGUCCAUUGUAAAUUUGAGAACCAUUUAAAUUACUUAUUAUCCAUUCAUACAAAAUUACAAGUAAUCCUAAAACCCUGCUAAUGUAUUAACCUGUGUACAAUGCUUCUGUAUAUAUGCAAUAAACAUCUUCCAUUCUUCCUUAAA